AUGCCGUUCCACCCGGUGACGGCGGCGUUGAUGUACCGGGGCAUCUACACCGUGCCCAACCUGCUGUCGGAGCAGCGCCCGGUAGACAUCCCCGAAGAUGAGCUGGAGGAGAUCCGCGAGGCCUUCAAGGUGUUUGACAGAGACGGCAAUGGCUUCAUCUCCAAGCAGGAGCUGGGCACGGCCAUGCGCUCCCUGGGUUACAUGCCCAAUGAAGUAGAGCUGGAGGUGAUCAUCCAGCGGCUGGACAUGGAUGGUGAUGGCCAAGUGGACUUUGAGGAGUUUGUAACCCUCCUGGGACCCAAGCUCUCCACCUCGGGGAUCCCAGAGAAGUUCCAUGGCACUGACUUUGAUACAGUCUUCUGGAAGUGUGACAUGCAGAAGCUGACGGUGGACGAGCUGAAACGGCUGCUCUACGACUCCUUCUGUGAGCACCUGUCUAUGAAGGACAUUGAGAACAUCAUCAUGACAGAGGAGGAGAGCCACCUGGGCACGGCUGAGGAGUGCCCCGUGGAUGUGGAGACUUGCUCCAACCAGCAGAUCCGCCAGACGUGUGUGCGCAAGAGUCUCAUCUGCGCCUUCGCCAUUGCCUUCAUCAUCAGCGUCAUGCUCAUCGCAGCCAACCAGGUGCUGCGCAGCGGCAUGAAAUAG